GCCAAAAUUUUAUUGCACUGCUCGUCAGUCGUCGAAUACUGCUCAGCUGUUUGAUCCUUCGAAGCAUACUGUUUAUUAGCAAGCUCGCACUGCGCGAUGCUGUCUUACAGCUUCGACGAUCAAAACCACGCGGUAUACGCCUGGAACGCCGUGGACGUUCUGGUUGACGGCCAGCUGCAGCACGGGGACGUGAUCAACAUGACGGAGGGCGGCCUGAUCAUCGAUUUUAAAUGUCCCACAAAACGCGCGCAGUUCGUCAAAUACGGGCUCAUCUUCCACUGCAACAACCGUCAGAAUUUCUGGCCCUGGGGGGAGCAGCCCGCGCAGGUCGUUCUGCGGCGCCAUUCCGACGGCGCCUGGAUCUGGUAUCCAGGGGCGCUCGUCUCCUUGGGGUCUUUCACCUCCAACAAUGUUGAACUGGUCGAUAUUCAGCGCCCGUACGGAACCGUCAGGGAGCUGCUGCCCUGGCAACAAGUGCGCCUUGCGCCCACGAACGCGGUCUUGGAAGAGCGUCGCGUGGGGCAGACCGACUUUGUUAUCCGCGAUUGUCCCAUGCCCGGCGAAUUGUGGUCGGAGGAGACCCCUCAUUCCGGGAGAUCUUCAAAUACGAACUCGACCGACUGUACAGAGUGUUGUGCACCUCGAUGCUCAGCCAGACAUUUAGCUAUCUGCAACGUCGGACUGAAACCCCCUGAAUGCGGAGCAAGUGGAAAAGGCAUACUGCGAGGCGGAGAUGGACGAAGAUCGGAGCUACCUACCCAGGAUAUCGCAUUGGAUGCUCCGUCAUGCACCGAACACUGAACCCAGCAAAAAGAGAAAACUGGAUGAUACGGAAGUCAUCGAAUCAACCGAUGCGAAACUGCAUCUUCCGACGGAGCUGUUAGUGGAGAUCUUCCAGUCAUUGGACUCCAUCGAACGGAUCCGCUGUCGGUGUGUCUGUCCCCUGUGGAACACGUUGCUCACGACGGACACUAACUUUCCCCACGUCUGGAUUUCCGGCAGCGAUGUGGAUUACGGGAAGCCGGAUUUCUGCGACGAGGGCAUUUACUGGUCGACGGCUUGCUUGCUGAAAUGCUACAGCAGCACCACGA